AGGAGGGGAAGAAGAGGUGUGAAGAAGGGUUCACCGACAUCGACAACUGACGUCCCAGCGACUGAGACAUACGGAGGGAUAUGAAGCCACUGGAACACACGACUCGUGCUCCGUCCGCUGCCAUCUCCGCUGAUUUUCUGAACGGUCGCCCGCGCUUCCGGAGCUCUUCCUGCCGUUUCCCGACCUCUCCAAACUUUGCGCCUUUCCCGGCUUUACUUUAAGACGCACGCCACCUCGGCUCACUUCCUCUUUUCUGCAACAUCAUCUCAGGUGGGGCGGGGCGGGGUGAUGAGAGGUCUGCCGUGAAUUUCCCUGCAAAUUUCUUGUCCUGUUUUGGUUGCAGUUCCUGUUGAGGGCUGGACCGGAGGCUGGCACGGAGCAUCUGUGUAUGUGUGUGCGUGUGUGUGUGUGUGUGUGUGUGUGAGGGGGAGAGAGUGCGUGCUCGCCUGUGGGUGUGUGAGAGAGAGAGAGACGCGGAGAGAAGUACCCUAGUUAAUGUAAGCUGUGCAUUUUUUGCAGAGGUGAGCUUGUAGCUGCCAGGUCUUCAGGGCUUUUCUGCUGUCCUGUGGAGAAAAGACUUCUCCUUUCGUGAGAGUGCGCUCCGCACUUUGUAAAUUGCUUUGGGGAAUUCAUCGUUUUGGAAAAUUGACACCAUGGACAUUCCAAGAUCCUUAUUAUAAUCUUUACCAAUUCCUGCUUCACACAAAGCCUUUGCACUUGGUUUUUUUAUGAUUUGUUUUUGCUUUUCAAACUUUUUGUUUGCUUUUUGCUUUUCCAUUCAAUUUACGUCUGUUCUGCUCUCCAAAUUAAUUUUAGGUAGGGGAGUUUUGUUAAGAGUGUGAGGUAAUUUGCGGUUGUUGACUCUGUUUAAUAGCUGGGUUUGAGUGUGCGUGCGUGAGUCUCUUUGGAUGGUGUGUCCUGGGGCCUCCCUCCCCCUGACUGCAGUGUCAAUGUGAAAGUCGCUAUCUGAUUGACCCCAGGCUGAGUCAGGUCUACCGGGGGAAAUUAUCUGCCCGGCACAGGAAACGUGGGGUUCUCAAAUCUACCCUUUUUUGUCGUUUCUCUCGGUUCCCUCCCUCUCUCUGCUGCUCCUGAACGCCGAGGGUCAGAGAAGCGGGAGGUCCGGGCGCCGCUCAUUUUGGCUAACUACGCCAGAGGAGACUCCCAGCGGAGAGCCCCGUAAAGCUUAGGGGAGGAAUGCGAAAAAAAAAAUCGGAGCGAGAAAACGACAGAGCGUGAGAAGUGAACUUCGUGUGCGAGGGGAAGCAGGAGGACGCAGUGGACAGGGCUAGCAGGGAGCAAGAGAGAGAGAGAGAGAGAGAGGGAGGGAGCGCAAGAGAAAGCCAGAGCGAGCAAGCGUGAGAGAGAGGCGACUGCAGGAGCCGGUAUUUGGUUAGAGCCGGGGAACUUCGUCCUGUCAUGUUUUAUUGAGUCCCGUGCCGACCGACGGGGCUUUCUCUAAACCCAGGUAGGAGGUGUGGUGUGCGGCUGCAUUCGCUAAAGGGCUGCCGCGCGUCUGUCCCCCGAGCUUGUACGCCGUGGUUUUAAACACCGGCUCCUCUGCCAGUGCGCUCACACUCCCACCGCUGCCUGAGGGAGAGUGUGAUGUGCUAGCGCUGCCUUCUCUCUUCUCAUUCGCCGUGUUUCAGCCCCGAGACGGGCUCCGGGGGGAACCCUCGCGUGCGUGAGUCAGAGGAGGAGUGACAGCGAGACAGUGACUCAGUCCCCCGGACGGGGGUCCUCCAGCCGCCGGUGGGGGGUAGUACGGCCCCCCGCUCCAGUGAAAGGGAGACGCGGGUCAAAAGGAGGUGGCAGAGCGAAUCGGGAACGACAGGAGGGCAUCUCUCCGGGAGGACGAAGGAACUGCCGGCAAGGACACUGUACACUUUACGUUCUCACGUCGCCGCAAGUCGGACCAACCUUGACCACCUUCCGCCAACCCUACAACCUGUCCGCUCCACUAGCACCCUCAACGGACUUGACAUAACCCGUGCCGAAGACACGUACGGCAGGCGACCAUGAGGUUCGAGUGCCUGGUCCUGGGCGCCCUCUGGGUGCUGGCUAGCGUGUGUCCCGGCGGGAGCAUGUCCACCUGUAAGCCCCUGGACCUGGAGCUGGUGAAGAAGAAGCGCCUGGAGGCCAUCCGGGGCCAGAUCCUCAGCAAGCUGCGGCUGGCUCGUGAGCCCGACCCCCAGGAGGGCGGGGAGCGGAGGACCAUCCCGGACGCGGUGAUGUCCGUUUACAACAGCACCCUGGAGCUGAGCCGCGAGCAGGUCACCCUGCAGCCCCCCUUGGACACCGACCAGGAGGAGUACUUCGCCAAGGAGGUGCACAAGUUCGUCAUGAAGAAAAGUGAAAACGGGACAAAGCAGCAGAUGUUGUUCAACGUCAGCGAGAUGCGGGCGGGCCUGGGCACCGACCGGCUCCUCUCACUGGCCGAGCUGCGGCUCCUGAUCAAGAACCCCACCAUGGCCCCCGACACCGAGCAGAGGCUGGAGCUGUACCGAGGCCUGGGCGACCGCGCCCGCUACCUGGGCUCGCGCUUCGUCUCCCACAGCUGGAACGACCGCUGGCUGUCCUUCGACGUCACGCAGACCGUGAACGAGUGGCUGCAGGCUCCUGAGGAAGAGCAGUGGUUCCAGCUGAAGCCGUACUGCGAAUGCGGCAGUGACAUGGGAAUGGCAGGGAAGUUCCAGUUCACCAUUUCAGGGUUGGACAACCACAGAGGGGACACUGCCAUGCUCUCCAAGAAGAUGCAGAAGCCUCACAUCCUGAUGAUGUCACUUCCUGCCGACCGGGUCAGCCAGCUUACCUCGCGCAAGAAACGGUCUCCGGGCACCGACCAGACCUGCACAGACAGGUCGGAGAGCUGCUGCGUGCGGAGCCUGUACAUCGACUUCCGCAAGGACCUGGGCUGGAAGUGGAUCCAUGAGCCCACGGGUUACCAAGCCAACUACUGCAUGGGCUCCUGCACCUACAUCUGGAACGCCGACAACAAGUACUCCCAGAUCCUGGCUCUGUAUAAGCAUCACAACCCUGGGGCAUCGGCCCAGCCCUGCUGUGUUCCCCAGGUUCUGGACCCCCUCCCUAUCCUCUACUACGUGGGAAGGCAACACAAGGUGGAGCAGCUGUCCAACAUGAUCGUGAGGACCUGCAAGUGCAGCUAAAGCCUCCCUGCCUACGCUCCUGAAGCUCCCUCUGACCAGCGCUCUCCCUCUCUCUCUCUCUCUCUCUCUCUCCCUCUACCUGUGCGGUGGAGGGAGGAGGGCAAGCCGCACACUCCAGGGCAGGGACAGGGAAGCAGGAUGGACGUGCAGAAAAGGACUGGGAAAAACUGGACGGAGCACGAGGGAGCGAUCUGUAGAAUUUUCAUUUCAGUUCUUUCAACGGAGCAACUCAUAGGACAGUAUAAAGAAACUGGUUUUUAAGCUUUUAAAUGAAAUAUUUUAUUAUUAUUUUAUUAGUAGCCAUGUGUUUAUAGAUUCUAAUUUAUUUUGUUAAAUGGAGUUGAGUUUUUGUGAUAUGGCUGUUUGGGGGAACUGAAAUAAGGUGGGAGAGAAAUUGACCUUUGUGGUUUUUAAGUGCUCGAGCACUUAUUAUCACAAUAGUCUUUGUGAAGUCUAGUCAAUAGGAGCUACAAUAUCCUGAAGCGGCACGAUAAGGACAAAGCUGUGUCAAAAAAACCCAAAUUGCCAAAAGUGUAAAAUGUUCCCCUCCUUACUAAAUGACAAAUAGUCUGUUACAUUCAUGCAGGAUAAAGUGUGCGAAAAGGACGCCGUGUUCUACCAGGAGUAGAACACCAACGCAACACAUUGCAGUGUCACAUGUCACAGCCAGUCUCCACGGAAACGACUUGUGCUUUUAUUGGGCAGACAUUAUAGAACCCUCAAGUGGAUAAAGUAUCUUGAUUCUACAGAGGAGGAUCUGAAUCCCGUGGAGGUCUGGUUAAGCCAAAAACCCUUUGUAAGGACAGCAAACCUUCUUCUCAGAAGCGAGAACAUUGUCCUCCUGAACGAUGACGCGUCACUUCCUUUUCUGGGCCCGACAGCCUCAUGUGGACGUACGUUAGCCCGAAGUAAAAGGUGUGCGUACGUGCGUAGCCCCGCCGUCACGCGGUAACGUGAGAACAACACUUGAAAAGCCGCAGCGGCUCCUGGAACCGUACCGCCUGUCCGCGGUGACGCCUUCCCACCAGGCUGUCAUUACGGCCGCUGGACACAACCUCACGUCCACCUCCAGGACGGCGUAGACCACAGCUGGCGUCUCUCUGUCCAGCCCUCUGAUCAACCCACCUCCCCGGGGCAAAGGAGACUGGCUGUACUCUACAGUCAACAUUACCAAAGAACUCCCCACCCUCCCUCACAGCUGGACUGCUUGUUACAGGUGUAGAGGUCCCAUUCCAUGUGGUUUUGGGGCUUCUCAUUCAUUACGGUUUUUAUUUUUUUAAAUAGACUGUGUACUUCUGGAGUACUAUAGUAAUUGUGCCAUGUAUUGUUAGGGGUAUGAAUAACAUUAAUAAUUGUACUGAGAGUGUUAGUGCUGUGUGUUAUUUGUCUGGUUUGAUUGAGAGCUGAGGGCUAUGCUCGUGGUAGCUGUUCAGGGGAGGGGUGGGUUUACUUUACUCAUUGUGUUAGAUUUUUCUGUCACAUUUUUAAACGGAACUACGUUUUAUUUUGCAGUCUUUAAACCUUUACACCAAUCUAUACAACAUGCUGCAGGGUCGUAGAUGUUAAACUCUAGAUGCAUUUGUAAAAAAAAAAAAUCAGCACACUUUUUCCGAAUGUGGCACACCUUCUGUUUAAAUAUGCCAUUGAAUUGUUUCCAGGUGCUAAUCUUGAAAAAAAAAAAAAAACCAUGACAGAAUUUCUUUGCAGUGGCAGUCCCUGGCAUCUCUGCCAGCCUUGCUGACUACAGUAACCGACAAGCUGGAAAUAUGUCUAGAUUAUCGUGCUUUUAUUGAACAGGCUUUUGUAAAUGAAACAAAAUAAAUGGCUCUUCUUUUGCUUUA